AUGUUAGCAGCUCCAAUUCCUAUCCCAUGGAAAGAUGCGAAGAAGCCUGGAUUACAUGGCGUCAUUGAGAUUCAUGAGACGGACUUUCAUAACCAGAAGAAGAGAACAAGUGAUCUUUUUGUGCGAGAUGUGGUCGCUAUCGUGAACAAGAAAGUUCAAAACUAUUCGCUUGAAAACGGGAAUGUCUUACGAGAAGUGACGCAUUUGAUGUUGCACGGCAUGCCGAUCAACAACGACUACUGUUUCAAGUCUAUUAUUCCGGAUCUAGCAGGAAGUAGUCCACGUCUUGUUGCGAUAGCACAAACACGAUGGAAUGGGAGUCAACAUGCCAUUGCCAUGACACUAUUUGUCGCGACUUUGAAUGGCAAGACCAUAACUGUGAACUGCUUGUCGUCAGAUACUGUGGACUAUCUCAAGAGGAAAAUUCAAGACAAGGAGAAGAUUGCACCGAAAGCACAGCGUCUCAUGUAUGCUGGCAAAUAUUUGCAAGAUCAUCAUGUGCUAUCGGAUUACUACGUUCAAGAGGGAAGUACACUUCACUUGUCAAUGACAAUGCGUGGUGGACAGGUUAGCCACCGUCCUGCAUUUCAAACGUUUGCAGAUGUUUCAAAUCGUUCACUCAUUACUGCGGUUGAAUUCUCCCGUGACGCUCCUGAAUGGCGCAUUGUGAGCAAAGGGGUCAACAUUGAAGGGCGUUGUAAGAAUUCUGAAUGCCAUGCGUUUCGUCACAUGGUCAUUAUCCAAAAGAAGUUUAUGCCAUUUAAUCUCAUGCUAGAUGACGAUAUCCAAUGUCCAAUGUGUUUUUCGAAAGUGAAGCCUCUUACUUGCGGACUGUAUGAUUGUGUCUGGCGCUUUGAAGGUGUGGUUGUAAGUGACAACCUCUCGAUCUGUUCUCCGUGGCGAGAUGCAAAGGGAUAUGUUUACCAUCGGUUUGACUCUACUGCGAAACAUGGGACUGUUGAAUGGAAGAGUCUAUUGAUGAUGGUGAAACCGCGAGAUGCGAAGAAUGCAAAACUACUCCUUGCAACGGUAUCCUCUCCGAUCGAGAGUCAAGAUAUGUGUACAAUCUGUUGGUCUCCAUUCAACUUACCGACAAAGUGUUUCACGGCAUGUUGUGGUCACAAUUUUCAUCGUCAAUGCUUCAAUGAGUGGUCCAAGUGGUGCAAGGCAAACAAAACACGACCAAGCUGUCCAGUCUGUCGUCAAACAAACUGA